GGUAUUUCAUCAUUCAAUAGUCAGCACAUUUGAAUGACUUGUCAAUUACUUUGAUUAUAGCGGUUUUUCUAAAACAAAUCAUUUGAGGAAGAGCUAAUCGCCGUUAAGUAGUUCAUUUAAAAUGUCCUUAGAGCAGUCGACAAGUGGUAAUCGUAGCGAAACUUAUGACGAAGCCAAAGUUGAUGAGCUCGACAAUCGUGCAACAAGCCAAUUGCUUGAAACGGAGACAGGAGAAAGCCAGCCAUGUCCACAAAAAAAGUGUGUGCAGCCUGGAGGACUUAAAAUCAUCGUUACUGCAUCCAUUUCUUUUGCACUGGCCGUAACUAUCGCACUUGUCAUUGAUAUAUAUUUUGGUGAACACAACAUUGGUCAUGGUGCUGUUUCCUCAGAUUCUAAAGAAUGUUCAAUGUUAGGAAGAGACAUAUUAAAAAGAGGUUCAGCUGUUGAUGCUGCUAUAGCAACUUCACUAUGUAUUGGUUUGGUACUUCCUGAAAGCUCUGGUAUUGGUGGAGGUGGUUUUAUGUUAGUUCAAUCACCUGAGGGAAAAAUGAAGGUGAUUGAUUUUCGUGAAACUGCUCCAAGAAAUUCUACAAGAGAUAUGUUCUUAAAUGCAAGCUCCCAGAUGGGUGGCCUGUCUGUUGCAAUACCUGGUGAAGUGAAGGGUUUUGAAAUUGCUCACAAAUUGUUUGGAAAAUUAGAGUGGAAAGAUCUGUUUACUCCAACCAUAAAUAAAGCCAGAAAUGGUUUUAAAGUGCUCAAUUCAACAAAAAAAUGGCUAAGUAAUGCAAGUUUCGUGAAAGAGUUAGAGAAAUUGUCUCCUGAGCUCACAAAGCUGUACAUGGAGAAAGGUACAAUAAAGCCAUUUAUCAAACAUCCAAAGCUUGCUAAUACAUUAGAAAUAAUUGCUGAUCAAGGUUCAAAAGGAUUUUACCACGGUGAAAUUGCUGAAAGUAUUGUUACAAAAGUACAAGAAAACAAUGGAACAUUGAGUUUAGUUGAUUUGAAAGAUUACAAAGUGAAGCAAAGAAAGGCCUUGUCUUCAAGUUACCAAGACUAUACUCUAUUCACAGCUGGUCCUCCGGCUUCAGGAGGCGUGCUUCUUUCUGCUAUGAAUAUAUUGGAAGGAUUUAAUCUUACAAAAGAUAAUGCAAGCGAUCCUUUAGUUUAUCAUUAUAUUGUUGAGACCUUAAAAUUUGUUUAUGCACAACGUAGUCGUUUGGCUGAUCCUGACUACAGUAAAGACGUGCAAAAUCUUACAAAAAUAAUGUUGAAUAAGACGAUUGCUACGGAAUUACGAAAACUCAUUAAAGUCAACAUGACUGUUAACGAUCCACAUUAUUAUGGACCUUUCUUCGAUGCUCCACCUAAUAAAGGUACCUCACAUGUCUCCGUCAUUGACAGUAAGGGAGGAAUUGUAUCUGUUACCAGAACCAUCAAUACUCCGUUUGGCUCUAAACUCUACACAGAUACUGGUAUCCUUCUUAACAAUGAAAUGGACGACUUUUCGUCUCCUAAAUCGCAUAAUUUUUAUGGUUUAGCGCCGUCAAAGGCGAAUUUCAUUGAGCCAGAAAAAAGACCGUUGUCAUCUAUGACUCCUGUCAUUGCUCUACUUAAAUCUGAAUCUAAAUUGUGUGGUCGCCAGAUUGUACUAGGAGGCGUUGGUGGAUCUCAUAUAACCAGUGCUGUCAUUCAAGUUUUGUUCAACAUGAUAACGUUCGACCGAAGUUUAGAAGAUGCUAUCGAAUGGCCGAGACUUCAUCAUCAAUUAGAUCCUAUGUACGUGGAAGUUGAAGAGGAUCGCUUUUUAUUGCACAAGUUUGAUAUAAUUAAGUAUCUGGAAGGUAAAGGUAACAAGGUUGUAGCUCCACCCAUGUUUAACACGAUCGUAAAUGGUGUUUAUAAACAUGAUGGUCAUUUAUAUGGUCAUGCGGACUCUAGACGAGAAGAUGGUGGAGCGGCUGUUUACUAAAUAAUUUAAUUACUGUAAUUUAUCUUUAAUUAUAUUUAUGGCCGUCUAAUUUAAUAAUGAAACCGACGGAGAUAUGUAUAUUUAGGUUUACAAUUACUAUUUAAAAAAUGUGUUAAAUAUUUUAUUAGAAUUAUUACGAAUUUAAUGAGCGUGCUCGCGCUGCAGGACAUGAAAUGUGAGCUAUGAAAACAUUAAAUGUGCUGAAAAAUGUUUGAAAUCGUUAACGUAAA